GGCGUCCAUGGCAUAAAAAAGAUUGGGAACCCCUGGAUGAAAAGAUGAUGAUGUCCAGAGAAUGGUUAAGCUCAAGGAUGUGAGUUGGUAAAGUUUAAUAUUAUGAAGAAUCGCAAUCUGAAGUGUAGCAGGUGAAAAGUUCAUGCAGCAUGUUUCACUCUAAGGCUGAGCCAACAAACUGGUGAUGGAUGUCUGUGAUUGGUACUUGCUUUAACCUAGCAGGUCACUUAGUUGAAAAAGUAUAAAGCAGCAGGCAAACACUAUGAUACGCACCAGAUGUUCUUUCGUCGGCAGAGAGUAGCUAAUUUUGGUUGGGCAAAUGUGCAGUUGUUUUUUUGGAAGCUUGUUCUUCUAUUGAUGUUGUGAUAUUCGCCGAGUUUGGCUUGCAGACCUUUCAUCACCAAUCGAGUUGACAUCCUCAGUGCGCAGUUGUUGGUGUUUCUCUCUGGGAGAGCUCACAUGUAUAUAGGCCUCCAUUUGCUUGCCUGGGUCCUGAUUGGCUACCCCUCCAGUGGACCUUUGAAUUCUAUUGGCUCGUGUUUCUUUGGCUCUUAGGGGUUUCAUAGAUGGCAUCGAUUUCGAUCUGCUUUUCUGUAUUUACUGAAUCAAAGCUUCCUUCCUAACGUAAGGUAAAAUACUUGGAUCUUGCAAAUACAUAAAUAUGAGGUUUCAGCAAUUGAUUGACAACUAAUUAUUCACAUGCAGAAUUGAACUGAAUAAAAUUCAAGCCUACAAAGGCUCGCAGCCAGAAUCAGCUUUAAUAUCACUGGCAGAUGUCAUGAAAUUUGUAGGUAUGUGACAGCGGUACAUUGUAAUACAUAAUACUAAAAACUGCAGAUUACAGUAAAGAGUAGGGAUACAUUUAAAAAAAGUUCAAUAAGUAGUGCAAAAAGAGAAAUAGAAGUAGUGAGGUAGUGUGCAUGGUUUCAUUGUCCAUUCAUAAAUCUGAUAGCAGAGGGGAAGAAGCUGUUUCUGAAAUGUUGAGUGUGUGUGGACCUUUUGCUUAAUGGUAUUGGUCCAUGGCAUAAAAAAGGUUGGCAACUCCUGAUCAUUCUAGACACUACUCAACAUUUUCCCUCCAGAGCCACAACCCAACACACUCCAUUUCCCCCUUCUUGUCUGUCUGUCCAGACAGACCCGUUUCUUUCAGCCCCUUCGGAACCAAAUGGAAUUGAAACUGUUCCUCCUCUCUUGGUCCCGUCCCUCCUCCCCUGAUCCAGUCCUUUCUGACUUCACCUCAGUUGAGAAUUAAAUGCUGCAGUGUUGAAGACGAUAGUGAGCUGCAUCGCUGAGACUUGGGAGGUGGUUCGUGUUUUCCCCAGUUCAGCAUGGUGCAGGAGGGGCAGGUGUUGCUUGACCUGUUGAGUUCCUCCAGCAUCUUGUGUGUGUUGCUCUGGAGUUCCAGCAUCUGCAGAAUCUCCUGUGUGAGCAUUCCAGAGAGUUAUCUCGCCAAGUGAGCGCCUCGGCCGGGGAGAGAGGCUCCAGAUGCGGGAGCUGCUGACCGACACAGAGCAGGAGAGCAUCCCGGAGGUACUCCUUGCAUCUAGCCGCCGUCCGUAGCUGGGAAGACGCUCCGAGCAGACGAUGCGCUCCCACCCUCCCCGCUCCCCGGCGAACGCCUCCCCCGACCCCAAGUGUCCGGCAAAGAGGAGGACGAUUUCUUUCCAUGGCAUGUUUCAUGCAAGAUCCAGAGGAAAGCAGAAGCAGGAAGUGUCCGUCUCCAGCAUCGAGAGCAUCCACGUCGAGGCGGCGGAGACCGAGAAAAAACUGCAGGUGACCGACAGCCGGACAACCUUGGCAUCUUCGGACUCGGCAAAGAAGGCAUCGUCUGGUUUUCUAGAAUGUCCCCUGUGCCUGGUGCGGCACCCGUUCGAGAACGUGCCCAAGAUUAUGACGUGCCACCACCGCUCCUGCCUUGACUGCUUGCGCCAGUACCUGCGGAUCGAGAUUACGGAGAGUCGGGUGAACAUUAGCUGCCCCGAGUGCUCGGAGCGGCUGAAUCCGCACGAUAUCCGGAUGAUCCUGAAUGACCAGGCCCUGAUGGAGAAGUACGAAGAGUUCAUGCUGCGACGCUACUUGGCUUCAGACCCUGACUGUCGAUGGUGUCCAGCACCAGACUGCGGGUAUGCUGUGAUUGCUUACGGAUGCGCCUGCUGUCCAAAGAUCUCCUGCGGGCGGGAUGGCUGUGGCACAGAGUUCUGUUAUCAUUGCAAACAGCUCUGGCACCCAAAUCAAACCUGCGACAGUGCUCGCCAGCAGCGAGCUCAAAGUCUCCAGAUUCGAGCAAAGCAAACAACAGUACUGAGCUUUGGCCAGGAAUCGGGCAGUGGUGAUGAAAUCAAACCGUGCCCGCGCUGCGAGGCCUACAUCAUCAAGAUGAACGAUGGAAGCUGCAAUCACAUGACGUGUGCUGUGUGUGGCUGUGAGUUCUGCUGGUUGUGUAUGAAGGAGAUCUCUGACCUGCACUAUCUCAGCCCCUCUGGUUGCACCUUUUGGGGAAAGAAGCCAUGGAGCAAGAAGAAGAAAAUUCUCUGGCAGCUUGGCACUCUGAUUGGCGCUCCUGUGGGCAUUUCCCUCAUCGCUGGCAUUGCUGUUCCUGCCAUGAUCAUUGGCAUACCAGUCUACGUUGGCCGUAAGGUUCACAGUCGCUACGAUGGGAAAAAGACUUCAAAGCACAAAAGAAAUUUGGCGAUCACUGGUGCGGUUACCUUGUCAGUGAUAGCUUCCCCUGUGAUAGCAGCAGUCAGUGUAGGAAUUGGAGUUCCCAUUAUGCUGGCUUAUGUCUACGGUGUGGUCCCGGUGUCACUGUGUCGUGGUGGUGGCUGUGGUGUCAGUGCAGCCAGUGGAAAAGGAGUGAAGAUUGAAUUUGAUGAAGACGACGGGCCAAUUACAGUUGCUGAUGCAUGGCGAGCCCUGAAGAACCCCAGUAUUGGAGACAGCAGCGUGGAGGGGCUGACCAGCGUGCUGAGCACCAGCGGCAGCCCCAUUGACGGCGUGAGCGUGGUACAGAGCAACUGUAGUGAAACGGCCAGCUUUGCCGCUUUAUCGGGGAGUACACUGUCCGGAGGGGCUCUCGUGGGGAGCAGCAUGCAGCACGGCAGGCUGGAAAUGCAAGCUGACAGUCAAAAGCAAAACAAAUUGCGAAAAGAUUCCAUCAGCCUUGGGGCAACCAGUGAUAACGCCAGCACCAGGGCCAUGGCAGGUUCUAUCAUCAGCUCCUACAACCCACAGGACAGGGAGUACAACAAUUUGGAAGUUCAAGUUGACAUUGAAAGCAAACCCAGUCCCCAGUGUCUCACCAGUGACAGCAGCUUCGAUGAAUUGCUUCACGUCCACUCUCAGUCAGUGGAGGGACUCUGCCACGAGGAGAAGGACAGGUCUUUCAUGAGCGACACCUGUGAUGUCACGCUUGCUCAACCUGAGAGCAUAAAAAGCGAUGAAAACAGCACAGAUACUCAGUCAGAUGAUGUGCCUGACAUAAGCUCUGAUGAAUGCGAUUCACCCAGUCCAAUUAAUGGCAGACAUUUGGAAAUCACAGAUAUCAAGCUCUUAGGCAUUGAGAGUUUGGAAUGUGAUGAUUUUGAGCAAAGGGAAUGCACCCUUGAACACGAUGGGCAGCAAAUAGAGACUGUUGUACAUUACAUUUAAGCCACCCAAUCAUCACUAAUUCACCAACCCACAACACGCACCUUAUUCAGAAUAUUGAAAUUUUGUGUCUAUGUUUUAAAUAUACAAAAUGUACCUAUCCGAGUAUCACAUCCUUGAUGCAGUAAAUAAAGAUGUUAAUCACUGAC